AUGGCUACCACUUCAUCCCUAGACCAACAACAAUUGCUUUUUAUGGAGUCCGAAGAUUGUAUCCUUGUUACGGAACAAGACCAAGAGAAGGGACGAGCUUCAAAGAAACAUUGUCAUAUUUGGUCUAAUAUUGACUCAAAAGUUGGAGAUGAUGAUGUCCCUUGCCUUCACAGAGCAUUUUCUGUGUUUUUGUUCAAUUCCAAGGGACAAUUAUUGCUUCAACAACGUGCCUCGGAAAAGAUUACUUUCCCAGACUAUUGGACGAACACUUGCUGCUCUCAUCCUCUUUAUAAUCUUGAUUCGGAGCGUGAAGGAAAGAAUCAAUCCGGUGUUCGUACAGCUGCUCGUAGAAAAUUGGAACACGAGCUUGGAAUUCCACAAUCAAGCAUUGAUCUAAAUCGUUUUAUUUAUUUGACUAGAAUUUUGUAUAAGGCCCCAAGCGGAAAUCCACAAGACUCACAAUGGGGAGAACAUGAAGUUGACUAUUGUUUGUUUUAUGUGUUAACUGAGAAGGAGGAUGCUCAAUUUGACGAAUAUUUGAAAUCCAUGAAUUUGAAUGAAGUUCGUGCUGUGAAAUUUGUCAAUUCUGAUGAAUUAUUGCACAUGUUGGAUGUCUUAAAUGAGCAAAAGAAAGAAAUUGAAAUUACUCCAUGGUUUAAAUUGAUUUGUAGACGAUUCCUGUUCAAAUGGUGGGAAACUUUGUUACUUUGCAUGGAAAAGAACGAUUUUUCUGCUUUAGAUGCCAUGAAGGAUCAUGAAAAUGUCCACAAGUUGAACUAA